CGAGUGCGAGAAUCGUGUGCGAUUGAUGGUGUUACGUUUAUUGCAUUUAAAAUGGGUGUUAAAUAAAAUUAAUUCCGUUUAUCCGUCUGACUGUGGUGCUCGGUAAAAAAUGACUCGGACAAAUGAUAUGUGUUUGAUUGUUUUAUUUUUGUUUUUUGCGGCCACUGCUACUCAUUUGACACAAGGACAUGUUCUGGAGUUCACGGUGGAGCCGACCGACACUGUGGUCGAAGCCGGUCAAUCGGCGAUGCUUGACUGCGUGGUCCAGGCCGCCCAGCACCAGUCCAGCGUACUGAUCCAGUGGAUCGACAAGGACGGCGUCAGAAUUAACAACGAACAAUACAGGAAUCAACUGACGAACGGAUCCCUCUACAUCAGCAACAUAACGGAACUGCAACCGCUGACGGGGACCUAUCAGUGCAUCGCCAGUUUGCCCAGUAUUGGUUCAAUCAUCAGUCGAACGGCAACACUUAGCAUAGCAAAAUUAAACGGUUUCUUAGAGGAACCGCGGAAUCAAACGGUUUACUCAGGACAAAAGGCCCAUUUUGCGUGUUCGGUAGACGCAUCGCCACCAUCGAAAGUCAGAUGGAGGAUACGAUGGCUGAAGGACGAACGACCACUUCAAAUCGACGAACUGCGAAUGACUGUGCUACCUUCCGGUGCACUAGAAAUCGACGAGGUGCAAGAAUCAGACCAGGGAUGGUACCGAUGCAACGCGACCGGCUACAAUUCGCACAAGUUAAGCAGAGGGGCUAGCUUAACGAUUAACGGGGACCAAGAAACGGCACCACCCAGUUUUAUUGCUGAACCAAGAUCUAUGCAUGUGAUCGAAGGACAAAACGUAUCGUUGGAUUGUGCGGCAAAUGGCAAUCCAACACCCACAAUUAGUUGGCUUAAGGACGGUUACACGAUCGACAUGAAUGACUUGGAUAGCAGAUUUAGUUUAGUGGGAUCCACUUACUCUUUAAGGAUAACUAGGAUUAAAGAAGAGGAUGCGGGAACGUACCAAUGUCGGGCGGAGAAUAGAGAAGAUAGUAUAGACAGAUCGGCGAUGAUUCAAGUUCAAGUGCCUCCUAAAUUUUUAAUAAAACCUCAGGAUAAAAUAGAACAUGUGUCAAAUAACGUAGAACUUCAAUGUAACGUUACCGGUAAACCAGAACCAAAGAUCCAGUGGUUCAAAAAUGGCGAAGCCAUUAUCCACAAUGAUUAUUAUAGCAAUGUAAAUGGCAACAACUUAAAAAUAAGUGGACUUUUAGUUGAUGAUUCUGGAUUGUUUCAAUGUUUUGCUUCCAAUGCGGCUGGUAACAUUCAGGCUGCAGCAAGUUUAAAAGUUAUCGAACAAGGUGUAGUAGCGGACAAAAGAAAAGCACAGAAACACAAACAGAAAAAGUUCCUUCCCCAAAACGACGAACAAUUGCAUAAGCAACGGUCCAAGCUCAUUUUCGAUAAUCUGAAACCAGACAUGGGCGAAACCGCCUAUGCCCAUAAGCCGCGCGAUACCGACUUAACCCGUAAUUCGAAAUUCGAUGCGCACAGUGCUUUUUCUUCGCUAAUAAGUAGCGAAUCUAACGACGAUACUAACCUGGGCGAUGUCCAACCCGCUUUCUCUCCCGCUUCCCUCGAUUCCGCAACAGGAAAUGCCGAGAAGAAGAUAUCGGAUGGACUGCCGGGACCGCCGUUGGACCUUAAAGCUCUGAUAACCAAGGCCAGGUUCAUCAUUCUAAGUUGGAGCCCACCCAUUGAAAAUCGGGAAGCCAUCGAGGCCUAUGGUGUAUACUACAAACAAGAAGGAAGUCAGAGGGAAAGGCUUCAGAAUUCAACCCGACCGAAACUCGAAGAGUUGAGUCUGCAAAAUUUGUCUCCUGGAAAAGUAUAUCAUUUCCGGGUGGUGGCGUUUAAUAGAAGAGGGGCGGGUAUUUCAUCUAAGCCUUUGACUGUUACAACCCAGUCGGAAGAACACGUUGCCAGUGCCCCUCAACAAUUGGAAGCGUUCGCCACCGGUGCCAGAUCCAUCCACAUCAGUUGGGAACCACCAUUAAAUCCAAACGGUGAUAUAAUCAAGUACAACUUAUUUUACAUGGAGACAAGUGGUUCUUUGGAAUACAAUUUUGAGACCAGAGAACAUCAAUAUGAAUUAACCUCCCUAAAUCCUUAUACGGAAUACAGUAUCUGGCUUGUCGCUGUUAAUAUAAACGGGCCAGGCGCAGCUUCUGAAGAAAAGGUUGUACGGACUUUCAGCGACGUUCCGUCAGAACCACCUACCAACAUAACACUAGAACCUGGUAGUACUAGUCUUUUAGUUAGGUGGGAGCCUCCUCCACCAGAAUCCCAAAAUGGAAUUAUCUUGGGAUAUAAAAUAAAAUAUCGCAAAGAAUCGCGAAAGCCUGUUACCAUACAAACGCAAGCCAAAAUGCACCACGUUACUCUUAACAAUCUUGAAAAAGGCACUUUGUACAUGGUAAGAAUAUGGGCUUUAAAUAUAAACGGUACAAGUCCACCUAGUGAGUGGAUUGAAGCUACCACCUACAAGAACGAUAUGGAAGAGACUAAAGUACCUGAUAAGCCAGCGUAUAUCAAAGUCCGGUCUAUGUCGGAUGUUUUAUAUGUCAUGUGGGCGCCACCAAUAAGACAAAACACCAGAAUCCGCAAUUACAUUUUGGGUUGGGGUAAAGGCGUGCCAGACAUGUACACGACCGAAUUGCAUGAAAACAACCGGACAUACAUUAUCAAGAACUUAGAUGCAAAUUCAGAAUAUGUCUUGAGUAUAAGAGCAAGCAAUCAAAUGGGCACCGGCCCACCAACGUAUACCACGGUAAGAACCCAAGAUGAACCAAUUCCAGAGCCUCCGGUACUGCUUAUGCCGCCCAUAGGCCUGAAGGCACACGUAAUAACGCCUCAAUCUGUAGUACUGUAUUGGACAGACCCAAGCUUGAAAAGCCAAGUUGUCAAAGACAAUCGUGUAUACGUCAUAAAGUAUACUGCCGAAAAAUCCUCCAAGAACAAAUUCGAGAACACUUCAGAUUUAAAUUUCAUGAUUGACGAUCUGAAGCCGAACACAGUUUACGAAUUUUCAGUUAAAUUAAUUAAGGGCACAAGAGAAAGUCCUUGGAGCAUGGUGGUCACAAAUAAAACUUUCGAGUUACCACCAAACGUCGCUCCUAGGGAUUUAGAUGUACAUUUCAAGGACGAGGAGAAUCAAAUUGUGGAAUUAACGUGGCAACCACCGAAAACUACCAGCGGUAAAAUAACAGGAUACGUUAUCCUGUAUACGGAGAACAAAACUCGCAGUGAUCGUGAAUGGCAUGCAAUUGCCAUCAAAGGGGACAAUCAUUCUAGUGUCAUCUACGAUUUGAAACCUGUUACUCUCUACUAUUUUAAGGUCCAGGCAAGAAACAGUCGAGGUUAUGGGCCCUUUUCUGGUAUAGUGUCCUUCAGAACUGGACAAAAUGUUGCCACUUAUAGCAAGGUGCACAACAAUAUUGAUUCUCAGGGCAUUUUCUCCAAGAGUUUUCUGCUGUAUCUCCUUGGAGUGGGUUGCUUUAUUGCAGUAGCCACUGUGGCCGGCGUGGUCAUAUUCCUCUGCUGUAGGAAAAAGGACCCAGCUACAACGUCGCCGGAUCGUAGCAAAAAAGGUUAUCAGAAAGGUAAUCAGAACAUUAAACCACCUGACUUGUGGAUCCACCACGAUCAAAUGGAACUUAAGGCAGAAAAACGUCAUUCAAAUAACGAUGGUGCGAGCAGCAGUGGUGCCAUGACGUUACCUCGCAGCGUGGGAGGAAACGACUAUGACAAUCAUGAUAGUGUACACACCAAUUCACUGGACAAAAGGAACUACGCACCUGGAAAUUAUGGAGGUAGUUCGACUGACGAAAAAAAUAAACGACCCGUCAAAUCCAAACCGAUUAUUUCGUUGCCCGUAGAUUCAAAACCUCCUCGAGAACCAAUUGCGACUCCAAUUAACACUGCGACUUUGAGCCAAUCGAGUUCCGAUUCCACUCCAUCUAGUAGACCAUCUUACCAAAGGACUCAGUAUUCUUUACCACGUUCACAUGUUCAGAGCGACACUCAUGCAAUAUCAAAUACACCGACUAUAGAACAGAUGUACUCUGGGCAUCCUGGACACGCAACAUACGAAACGAAUACACCCACUGCCGGAUAUAUCAACCAACCGCCUGUAGCACAUGUACCUCCUGGUAGCACCUACGCCCCGGGCAUGAACAUCAUGGCGGACCAGGCAGCCAAACGGGCCCAGGGACAAGGUCACCCGCUCAAAAGCUUCACCGUGCCUGCCCCGCCGCCCAUUUCGGCACCAGGGACUCCGCAAGCAAAACACAUCGUUACAGUCCGACCUAAUUCUUCGCCAUUUAAAAAGGCCCCAACAAGUGGUAGCACCAGCACACUGACCGGCACGCCGCCAUCCCGAAUCAGCGCCUCCAAUCCACCGCCCCACACGCCCGAAGAAGUGCAACGUCUAAAUUCAUCUCACUCGACGGAAGAGCUCAAUCAGGAGAUGGCCAAUCUGGAAGGACUUAUGCUCACAUUAAACGCUAUUACCGCGAACGAAUUCGAGUGCUAGAGUGUACGGUUUAUUAUUUACUGUUAUUUACCCUUGAGACUGAUUUUUGUGGCGUUUUGUUGAUUAGAUGUCGGGAGAAUGGUUUUAGGGCAAUAACCGCGGGGAAAAGGAACAAUUACUAAAUCACAAUGAUUAAGAUAUGUGCAUUUAUUAUAUACAGGGUGUUCCUAGCAUACAUGCUUUCAUGAAAUGACUCGCAAGAUCAUAAAUAGCUAAUUGUAAGAACAGUACCGUACCGAAUUCAAAUAGAGUUCAUAAGUGUCCUGUUUAAGACGUUUCUCUUUUCCCCCGAUGUCGCGCCGUUGCAAUACUAGGUAGUUUUGUUACCAGGUCGUAAAAUUGCAUAAACUAUUGGCACUUUAUUUUUUAUGUAAAUAUUGUAAACAGAUUAACUUAAAUUCCAAUUAACGAUUAAGUUGGUUUUUCUACGAUUGUUAUUAUGUGAUAAUAGAUGGAAUCUUUUUUCUCAAGUACAUUAUGUAUGUUUUGAAAACAUUUAUUUUACUACUCUUUCUCUGAUAAUUAAUUUGAAAUUCGUCAUGCCAUGAUGAGGCAAAAUUAUUAUUUUUAUAUUUCUUUUACCUGUUUACAAAUGUUAAGCAGCGUACAACGAUCUCAGUUUAAAUAUUAUGCAGUUUAUGCGUGGCUAUAAACAAAUAUAUUUAUUGAAAUUGAGGCAAUCUACGUGAAUAAAAAAAUAUACGCAGUAUUUUAAAAAAUUAUAUUUUAAUGUACUAAGAGGAAAACAAUAUAAAAAUUUAUUGUGUUAUGACAAAAAUCGUAUAUCUAAACCCAGUGCAUUUAAAAAUUGUACUGACUUUUUACCAUGUAGAUUAACCUCAUUGUAAUCCAACUUGUUCAUUUUAUAUGAUGCAUAUAAAAUUGAAAUUAAGUGAAUGCCUAUGUAAUCAGUGAGAAACUCCAGUGGCUUGGCCUAAAUGUCGAUAAAAGAUUCAGUAAUCCACAGCAUUUUAUAUUUUUUAAUAUUGCUCAUUGGUCGAUCUGAUUUUUUUACCACACCUAUGAUCCUCUGUAAUAGGGGAUAUAAAAUUAAAUCAUGUGGCAUCAGUAGUACUAUAUUUUAAUGAUUAAAUUUAAAAUAGGAAUAUUAAAAUAAUUACAGUGUGAUUUUACGUUAAUAAAUUAGAUUUUAAUGGGGGGUUCUCGAUUUUUUUGAGUGGAUCGUAAUAAUUCUUUAUUUAAUCACACUGUACAUCUUAAUGUGAUAUUUUCGUCAUAUUUAUAAUUCUAAUUUUUAGGAAACUUAAAUAUUCUUAUUUUAAAUGUUGAAAAAAGUAUUCUUGCCCUAUAUUCUUCUUAAAUAUUUAAUAACGUCUAACGUAACGAAUUGGGCGUUCUUCAAAUAGCAGGACUAAAAAGCACAAUUAUUAUUAAAUAUUUAUUUAUGAAGAUGCCAUUACUGUAAAUAUUUAAUGUGAAUAAAUUAGGUUUAGUACAAUGAAAUUUUGUAUUAUUGUAUAACCACAGCUAGUUAUUAUGCACAUGAAAAUAUUUUUGCUACAGUAGUACAAAAUGUAAAAUAAGGAAUACUAUUAGCAAAAUGUAUAACUGAUUCAAAUACACAAAUGAAUACUGGCUGCUUAUGAUGAAAUUGCCAAAACUGUUACGAGCAAAAUUGUGUCAGACUUGAUGUGUCUACUUCGAACUUUUAUAUAACAUAAGCACUGACCUGGGAAAUGAUUCAGUAUUUAAAUACUACUUUAAUAUUUAAACAUUUGUUAACUAAUUUAAUUCUUGUUUUAUUGUAACUUACUAUUCGGAAUUUAUAAAAAAAUGGCUUUUGUACCAUUUGUAAACAUGUAUUUAGAUAAUUUUUCUACCCCAGAUUCGUGAAUUUUUAUAAAUAGAUUUUUCUAAAUUAAACAUUGUAAAAUAAUUGCUUUAACGAAAUGUAACAGUAUUUUAAGUUAUAAAUUAUCUAUUUUGUACAUUACGAUUGUGUUAGAACGAAUAUUUUAUUUUAAAUAUUUAUUUAUAGUAAUUUUAUAUGUGACGUGUGAUUUUUUGUUUAGGGGUAAUGCGAAAUGCAAAUGCCUUAAACGCGAUAUUUAGAAUAUUGAUAUUUUAAGAUCGUUUUUUACUGUUUGUAGUUACUAUUACUAUUACAAUAAAUGUGACUGACAUAAAAUAAAAAACAAAUGGUAA